UCUAACUCCUCGCGCCCUGUUUGGUGGCCGGGGUCGGCUGUUCGAAGGGAGUGCUUACUCGUUUUUCCCUCCCCCCCACCGCAACUGUGCCUUUUAUUAGGCGUUCUGACUCCCAGGGAUCCUUCUGGCCGGUCCGGGGGGUCCAAGAUGGACAAAGUCUGUGCGGUGUUUGGAGGCUCCCGGGGGAUCGGCAGGGCGGUAGCUCAGCUCAUGGCACAGAAGGGCUACCGUCUGGCGAUCGUCGCCAGAAACCUGCAAGUGGCCCAAGCCACCGCCGGCGAGCUCGGCGGAAACCACUUGGCAUUUAGCUGUGAUGUCGCUAAAGAACAGGAUGUUCAAAAUACAUUUGAAGAGAUGGAGAAGCAUUUAGGUCCAGUAAAUUUCUUGGUAAAUGCAGCUGGUAUUAACAGAGAUGCUCUUUUCGUAAGAACAAGAACCGAAGAUAUGGUGUCUCAGCUUCACACUAACCUCUUGGGCUCCAUGCUGACCUGCAAAGCUGCCAUGAGGACGAUGCUUCAGCAGGGUGGCUCCAUCGUUAAUGUAGGGAGUAUCAUUGGUUUCAAAGGCAACGUGGGCCAGUCGGCGUACAGCGCCAGCAAAGGAGGGCUCAUUGGGUUUUCACGCUCACUCGCUAAGGAGGUCGCGCGGAAGAAAAUCAGAGUCAAUGUGGUUGCGCCAGGAUUCAUUCACACGGACAUGACAAAGCACUUGAAAGAAGACUAUUUAAAGAAAAACAUCCCUCUUGGGCGCUUUGGAGAUGCUCUUGAAGUGGCGCAUGCGGUUGUCUUUCUUUUGGAGUCGCCGUACAUCACAGGACAUGUUCUGGUUGUGGAUGGAGGACUGCAGCUCACUGUCUGAUUAGAGAUGAUUCCAUGCUGAUGGCUGGUGACUGGGGUCACGUGCACAAUAUUAAUUAGGCUAUCAUAGCUCUAUGGUUUGUUACUAAAAAUGGUUCUAUCUUUGUAUGAACAUGUUUCAAAACAACAAUGUGUGACUGGUUGUAAUCUAAAAGGUAUGAAUCCUUUAUCUUUCGAGGCCAUAGCAAUUUUAGCACAUAGACACUUUGUAAAAGAUAUGCACCAGUAUUUGUAUUUUUGCCUUGGAAAUAGAAAAUUCUGUUGUCUGAUUGUGAUAUAGUUUAAAUGUAUCAAGCUGGAUUUUUAAGACACAGACUGUGCUGUUGCUAAAAUAAGAGUAUUUACAGAAGAUUGAGAUCAAUUUUUUUUUUUGUCAGUUACUUUUUGUUGCUGUGGUAAAACAGCAUAACCAAAACUUAGAGGGGGAAAGGGUCUCUUGAUGCUUUUGGUUCCAGAGGGAUGGAAUCCAUCAUGGCAGGGCAGUUACGGAAAGCAUGGUGUUAGAAACCGGAAACUAGCUGCUCACAUUUCAUCCAUACACAGGAAGCACAGAGAGGGAACAGGAAGUGGAGCCAGGCUGUAAAACCUCAAAGCCCACCCCCAGUGACAUACUUCCUCUAGCAAGGCUUCACCUCCUAAAGGUUCCAUAACCUUUCCAAGCAGUGCCACCACCUAGGGACCAAGUGUUCAGACAUGAAUCCAUAAGGACAUUUCUCAUUCAAAUCAGCAGCACAGUACUUUAGCAGCCUUGCUAAGGCUCACCUUUAUGUUCUGGUUUGUGUUUUGAGGCAGGAUUUCACAGUGUGGGCCAGGCUGACCACAGUGUGAGCCUUUCUAUCCUCUUGACAGUAAUCUUCCUAGGGCUGGGAUUCCUGGUGUGUUCCACCAUACCUCGUGUGUAAUAGUGCAUAUGUGUGUGCAUAGGCAAUCAUUUGUUUAAUACAGGUUAGAAAAAAUGUCAGUUAAAGAUAUGCAUUUAGAGAGGAUUUUCCUUCACCAUCCAUCCUGUCUCACACUACCCCUCCUCCUGUUCCUUCUCUACCCGACUUCCCUCUUCUUCAUCUUCUUUCUGAGCCAGGAUCUCGUUCUGUAGCCCUGGAUGGCCUGAACUUACUAUAUAUCCCAUGCUUGCCUUGGACUUACAGCUGUCCUUCUGCCUUAAUGUCCCAAAUGCUGAGAUUAUAAGUGUGAGCCAUCAUAACUGCCUUAGACUUGACUGUGUGUGUGUGGUGUAUAUGUACAUGUAUGCAUGUGUGAGGGUUGUGUGUGUGUGUGUGUGUGUGUGUGUGUGUGUGUGUGUGUAGUGUAUGUAUGUAUGUAGUAUAUGUAUGUGUGUAUGUGGUAUGUGUAUGUGGUAUGUGUGUGUGGUAUAUUUAUGUGUAUAUGUAGUGUGUAUAUAUAUGUCCGUGUGUAUGUGUGGUGUGUGUAUGUGUGUGUGUAUGUGUGUGUGUGUGUGUGUGCGUGUGCGUGUGCGUGUGCGUGUGUGUGUGUGUGUGUGUGUGUGUGUGUGUGGUGUGAUGUGACCAGAAGAGGACAUUGGUGUCUUCCCUCCUUGUUGACUUGAGGUGGGCUGUCUGUGAACUAGAGACUCCCCAUUUUGGCUAUGGUGACUAGCCAGUGAGCCCUUGAAGUCUCACUGUCUUUGCCCCUCAGUACUGGGGUUGUAAGCUCGGCUUUCUCCAGGAGUGUUAGGGUUACACAGCAAGUGCUCCUAUCUCUUCAGGCGUCUCUACAGCCAAGACCUGGUUUCUUAGAGUGAUGCUGCUUUUCACAGAGCAACUCAGCAAAAUAACGUGCUACUGUAAGUGUGGUGCAGUGGACUCUCUAUGGAGCAGUUACUGAGGAUGGUAAGGAUGAGUCCUUAAGGUACCUACUACAGUUAUGAGCCACACAGAUCUUGAACUUACGGAGUUUUUCUCUCAGGACAACCUCAGUAUAGCUAGCAACUUAAAAUACUAUGAAGAAUUGGGUGUGGUGGUGUAAUCCCAGCACUUAUGAGGUUGAGGCAGGAUGACCAAGAACUCAAGGUCAGCCUGGUCUACAUAGUUCUGGUCAGUUUGGUUUGGUCUUGUCUCAAACCAAAGUGCAAAAUUAUAGUCAGGUGUUAUUGCAUUUGCUUUUAAUCCUAGCACACACACACACACACACAUGCGUGCGCGCACACACACGUGCAUAUACACAUACACACAUAAAUAUAAUUAAGAAUAUUUUACAUUAGUGGAUAUAAAAAUGAUUCAGCUCCAAAUCUUAGAAUGGUAAUGAAUAAUUACACUUAAAUAAUCAUAAAAGUGUACAGUAAGAAUGUAUUAUUGUUUUCACUAGAGAUAAGGCAUGGACUUUUUUUCAGUGGUGCUGGGAUCAAUCCCAGGGCCUGCCAGGUGCCAAGCAAGAGUUUUACCAUUGACCUUCCUCCUCAGCCUGGAAAGCAUUGGUCUUAGAAGAGAUGAAGAUGUAUAACUGAAUACAAUAUAGAUAGCAUUCUUAUUGCCUGAACUCUUAUGGGGAAUAAUAAACUAUUUCUAUAUACUAGAUUCAUGUUGUUUUUUAUUUACCAUCAUCCAAAUGUUUUUAAUAUUUUAUUUUAUAAAGUAAUGUUUUUAUCAAGGUGCUUAUAACCUCAGAUACUUGGGCAGCUGAGGCAAGAACAUAGCAAGUUCAAGGACAGCCUGGGAAAGUCAGCAUGACUCUGUUUCAAAAUAAUAAUAAAUUUAAGGAGGUCUGGGGAUGUGAUAGAGUUCUUGCCCAGCAGAAGCAAGGCCCCAGGUUCGAUCCUUAGUACUUCAGACUAGAACAGAACACAAUCCAGGGAUCCAGGAGUCAUCUAACUGCUGUUUUCAAGUGGAACAGAACAUUAAGUGGAGAUUUAAAUAUAUAUGGAAAAUCAAGUCAAAAAUGUGAAUAAGAUGUACUAAUAAAUUCAGGAAAAUAGUGUCAUAAAUCAAAAGCUGUAUACUAAAUAUGGAGUCCUUUAUCUCUGACAUACUUUCUUUACUUAGUUUAUUAGCAUUCUGUUUUUCUCAGUGCUGAGGAUUGUACAUCAGGCUUUGGAUCUGCCUACUAAGUCGGUAGGCUACCCAGAGGUUACAUCUGAAGCCUUUGAUUCAGCAUGAGAACAUAUGGGAGAGCAGUUCGUACCCCUGAAUGAAUGGCCUGCUAAAUGCAAGGUGUGGCAGUUGGAGAACUUUUAGGUUGUAGCGUUUUUAGGCAUGUUAGGAAAUGCUGUAGGCAGGAUGUUUCACAGGUGGUGAGUCUGGGUAGGGGAGUUUGAGCAUAGAGAGUGGGUAGCUUCCUUAUGGUCCGACCCAUUCAUCUUUGGCCAUCUACACUUGCCCAGGCCUCAGUUCCCUUUCCUGGACACACCAUGUUCUGAAGUCAUCAGUGAAACUGGUUUGUUGUGUAAACAAGAGGAAAAGGAAUGAGAAAGAAGCUGGAUAUAGAUAUGGUGGCACUCACCUGUAAUCCUCACACUUAGGGUGGGGGGUAUAGAAGAGCAAGGUUGAUUUUAGUUACAUAGCAAGCAUGAGACUAGCCUGGGCUAUAUGAACAAGAGCCAAAAAACCC